AUGUCGAAUGCAUCGAAUCUACCGACUGAACAGCUCUUGGAGCUUCUUCUGACCCUCAAGAAAACGACGCCCACAGCGGCCAGAACGAUUCUGAAUGGCCAACCGGCGAUUGCAUACGCGUUGAUAAGUCUAAUGGUCCAAAUGAAUGCCAUAAACAUCGACGUUUUUCAGAAAACAUUAACGGGAUUCCAAGCAACUGCCGCCCAGACCGCCGCUGCACCUCCUGCAGCGCAGGCGCACGCAAUCCCACCGGCCACAGCACCGCACAUACCCCCACACGCACACCCACACGCUGUGCACCACCCACCACCCGCCACGGGAACACCCAUCUCAGCCGUCCCACCACACAUGCAGAACGCCUACGCGAACCCCUACAACCGAACCGGCACACCGCCCCAUCCCGCGCCGACGCCCGCGAUGGGAGCUCCCCCACCACAAGCUGUUUAUGGAGGGUAUCCGGUGUCGAAUGGGUAUGGUGCUCCUCCGCCACAACAACCACCGGCGGCACAGUACCCGCCUCCGGGGGCUCCGUAUGGCCAUGGGCAUGGUCAUGGACACGGGUAUCCUCCUCCUCAUCCUCCUGCACAAGGGUACCCACCGCCUCAACAUGCUCAACCAACCCCCGCGCCUCAACCCGCUGCAUCCAUGCCACCCGGCCUCGCUGAAACUCUCGCUGCCAUCCCCGACGACCAGAAAGCGCUCAUUUACCGGGUUAUCUCGAUGACGCCCGAACAGAUUAAUGCCCUACCGCCGCAGGAACGAUCUACGUAUAUCCAGAUUGCGGUUGAGCAAGUGGAAUGGGAUUUCGUUCAGGCGAUGUUUAUCCUUACCGUAGCCGUUCUGGGCCGCCCGUCUAUCCGUUCAACUGCGCACCACCCCUCCCGAUUACCUUACUCCGACUGCAGUCUGGUUCACGAGACUACCCUACCUCCCGCCUCGCUCCCAGCCAGCUACAUCCUUUACGCACCUAUCAACACCCUGGAACCCUACUCGAACCUUACCUGUCUGGUUCACGAGGCUAUCCAACGGCUUACCUCGCCCGAGACCUUGACUUCUAUCUUAUGA